AUGAAGUUCUCUUCCACCUUGCCCUUCGCCGCCGGCGUCUCGGCCGGCACCGUCCUCUGGGACGGUCGCUUCAACAGCUACGCCUCUUCCGCAGACCUUACCGAGUGGUCAUGGUCCAACCAGGUCGGCGAGUAUCAAUACUACAUCCACGGCAGUGGCGAAGUCACCGAAUACGUGAACUUGUCAGAGGACUACAAAAACCCGGCCGACACGGCCUCGGACCAGGGCGUCAAGAUCAGCCUGACGGAUACGGCCUACUGGAACGGCCAGACGAUGCGCCGCACGGAGCUGAUUCCCCAGACCACGGCCGCCAUUGGUGCCGGCAAGGUCUACUACCACUUCAGCAUGAAGCGGUCCGACGUCAACCCGCCCGCCGAGACGCGCGAGCACCAGAUCGCCUUCUUCGAGAGCCACUUCACCGAGAUGAAGGCCGGCUGGAUGAGCGGCGCCUCUGGCACGUCCGAUGCCUCGCUGCGCUGGUUCGCCAAUAGCCAGAGUCAGUGGAACGUCACCUGGGAAGCUGACGUCUGGCACAAUGUUGCCUACGAGAUCGACUUUGACGCCGGCACCGUCGGCUUCUGGCACUCGACUGGUGCAGAUGCCUUGACCCAAGUUGUGGCUCCCGUCACGGCUAGCACGUCCAGCAAUGGAGCUGACUGGCAUCUGGGUGUUUUGGAGCUGCCCCGCGAUGGCUACACGGACGCGGUUGAGGAUAUCUACUUCUCGGGUGUCUACGUCGAGUCGGGUGACUUAACAACCGAGAUUGGUUCCGGCAGUGGUAGCAGCAGUGGGUCAUCCUCGAUCGCGGCUGCUCCCGCCGCCACCUCUGUGGCAGCCACCAGCGCCCAGGCCUCGACCGUCGCCUCCCCGACCACUCUGCAGACCUCGACUGUUGCCGCUUCCAUUGCCACUUCCGCCGCGUCGUCUCCUGCCACCUCGGCAUCCACUUCUGCUGUGACCACUGCUAGCAUCCAUCAAUACGAAGAGCUGGUGGGAUCUGGGCAGACCGCUCCUCGUCAAAGUUCGUGUUGA